UCCUAAUACGCAGAAAUGGCGCCGCGCACGCGACGCAGUCGCGGAAAUCGCGGAGUUGGCACGCAGGGGGAGGGCUCCAUCACGGUGCUGGGGCUCAGCGGUGUCCUUUGCACCGUCUCGGUGGAUCUCUCGGCACCUGUGCGCGAGGCCCAGAAAGUGAUCGAAAAGGCCGCCAGCAUUCCAGUUGGUGAACAACGCCUACUGUGUAAUCAGCAGGUGCUGCGCUCCAAUGACCCGUUGGGCGAGGCGCUGCAAGGCGGCCAAGAAGUCACAGUGGUUCGCUGCGAUUCCAAGACGAUCACCAUGGACUUGGCAUUGGAGACGGGCAACAUCGUCCUGGAACGAGCUCGGCGCUUGGCCGCGAAGCGCCGCGAGACGCCGCAUGGAACGCUAGGAACGAAACGCUGCGUAUGCGAGCGGUAACCGUUGCGCGCGAGGUCAGUGGUGACAUGGA